AUGACGGCUCCAGGUGCGGUUGGGGCCGUUGAGGCGCCCAUCACCUUCUCCCGGGUGAUCAACGACGACCACAACGCCAUCAACCGAUACGCGGGGCGGCUGAAGAGGGCGCGGACGGCUUCCGACCGAGCGCGGCUGCUUCGCGAAGUCACCUGGCGUCUGGUGCGGCACGACGUGUCCGAGGACCUGGUGAUGCGGCCGGCGUUCGUCGAGCACCUGGGCGCCGAGGGCCAGCAGAUGGCCGAGCACGACCGGACGGAACACGAACGCGCGAAAUCCCAGCUGCUGGCCUUGGCCGACGUGCCGUUCGAGUCGGCCGACUUCGACGUCGUGCUCGACAGGCUCUUCGCCGACCUGCUCGAGCACAUGAGGGUCGAGUCGGGCGAGCAGAUCCCGUCGCUCGAGCGCCUCCUCGACCCCCUCGAGAGCCAGCGCCUGGGCCGCGAAUACAUGAAGUCGCAGGUCUUGACGCCCGAGCUGGAAUGGCCGGCAAGCCGAAUAAGUCCAAGCCCAAGCCCAAGCCCCGGUGGCAUCAAGAGGAGGAGGGUGUGGGUCGACAUCGACGACUAUGCCCGCUCCGAUCUCGCCAGGUUUAGGGACAUUUAUGCCCAGUUGACGGAUGAGCAGACCGAGAUGGGCGUGAAGCUGUAUUAUAGACAGCACGUUCAUGGCAAGCUGUGA